AUGUUGAAUAUGUCUCGACCCUCAAUUGCUAGGGUUUCUGUAGAAUUGGAUCUUCUUCAUGAGUUGCCGAGACAGAUCUCGCUGGGGAUUGAGGAGUAUUCGUAUUAUCAACAAGUUACGUAUGAAAAUCUACCUGAAUACUGUAUGGAUUGUCGCAAGAUUGGACACUCUUCUCACAAUUGUCAACAUGGAAAAGCUAAGGCGUCGCCAGUGAAGGAGAAGGAACAGCCUGCGACUGUGAAGGAAAAAGAACAUUCAGUGUCGCAACUUGCGACCAAGGCAGCCCACCUUGCGAAAAAAGCUUCUCAGCCUGCGAGGAAGACGAAAGAUACAAAGGAUGCAGUUGCGGGGAAGGAAAAUAAUCAUCACAAAGAUUGGUCUACAUCAAGUCUGACUGAGACUGAAAAGAUGGAUAUUCUAACAGAUAUUGGGGAUUCAAGUCCUUUAAUACCACAAGAUAAGCGUCUACUUUCUAAAGAAAGAUUGAGCGCCAUCUUGGAGAAGAGUUUGCAGGAAGAAAAUUUGAAGAAUACAUGGGAAGAGGAUGAUAUAGCCAACAAUAAUGUGAAUGCGGAGAGGUAA